AUGGCCAUCCCCUUCUCCUCUGCGCCUUCCUCCCCGUCAUUCUCUCCUCUGUCGGUUUCCCCCUUCUCCGCUCGCUCCAGCUAUCCGGCGCCGCGCUUGCUCGUGGUUCCUCACCGGGGAGAGGGAGUGAUGUUUCCUGCAUUCGGCUGUAGUCUCUCUUCUAUCCGCCAACACCCAUACAAGGCGCUGACAUGUUAUGCCAGAAAGGAGUCUACGCAGAAGUUCGAGAGGCUCUUCUCCAAUUUGAAUCAGGUCACCUUGAAGAGGGAACCGGGUGAGUCUGGCCUUCAGGGUCGCCUUCCAAUUUCGUUUUGCCCUAUGGUCUCCUUUUUAAGCCCUUGAUAACGUUUUUAUUUGUGAUGGGAUACAUAGCCACAUGAGAUUGAGUUUCUUUUCUUUUUCUGACAGGGAGUGUAACUAGUGCUGUCUUUCUUGUGGCGGGCACCACGGUAUGUGCUACAUUUUUGAGAUUCUUGUUGUUGAUACUAAUUAUAUGUAUCUAUCUCUAAUUUAUAUUUAGGAUACAUUAAUUUAGACAUUUUAUACGUAAAGAAGCAUGUGAAAACUUUCAAGGAACUUUAUGUGACUACAGGUGGCGCUUAAAAUUAUGUUCUUACAGCACCUAUUUCACUUGAUUCCUAUAACAUAUUUGAUCAGAUUUUUGUGCCUGUACCCCUGCUCCAUUCUACGUUGCUUAAAUUUGGACUAACUUUACAAACAUUUACGCAGAAUAAAAUACACAGAAAUUUAUUUGGUAAACUAUUUAGUAGGUCCAUUGAGUUAUUUUUCCUUCUAUUAUUUACUACUGCCGUAAGAGUGUCCCCCCGGCCUGAUCAAGCUGGUCAGGUUUGUGGAGAAUCAGGCUCGAGUAUUAUGGGCUAUAUUUCAUUGUUAACAGCCUGAUUGACAUGUUGGGCUGCUAAUUACACUUGUCUCACUCAACAAUGAAUUAUUUUAUUGGGAGAAAGGAAACAUUAUGAGAGUGAGAGAAACAGAGAUCACAUUAAAGGAAAGCCACCAGUGUAGUACCCUCGACUGUAGCUGCAACAGCACAAAAGGGGCAAGUACUAGUUGUUUAACUCAACCUGCCUGACCCAUAAUUUGCCACCAUAAUUGAAUCAUCAAUACAUUCAUAGCUUAGUACAUUCAAAUUGAUCCACUGGUUUUUUCCUGACUGUUGGAUAUUGUGGCCUGUAGAAAUAUUUCUAUCAUAAAUGGAUACAUAGGGACUCAGGAUUUUUGGAGUAAUUAAAAGUAUUUCUUUGUCAGGAAAGAUAUAAAGGUAUUUGGUUUUAGUUUUUUGGUUAAACACAAAUCCCACUUGAAAUUAAACGGAAAAUGGAAUCCCACAUUAACUGUCCAAAUAAAAAAUACCAAGAAGAGAGAAAACAAAAAGGUGAGAAUCACGAUAAAUAUCCUUAGGAUAUCUACACUUCCCAACGUGCACCAUUCAGCUCAUUGUUAGACCUUCUAAAUGGCAGCCUAUUUGUUUUGUAUCAGUGUUUUCUGCAUAUAUCCUGUUGUCGUCUUGUUAUUUAUCAUCAAUAUCACCCUUUCCCAGUGGUCUUAAAUUCCUCGUCAUUUUAAUCAGCUUUCUCCACGUUUUCCAUACCCAAUGCAGUUUAUCCUGUAAUCAUCUUCUAAAUCAUAUUUUCUGAUGACAUAAGAAUAUUUACUCCACAAAAGGAGGACCAGUCAUGACUCAAGAUAGUCAGCAAUAAGAUUAACCGGCAAAGCUUAAAACUAAUGCUCCCUUAUUAUUAUACCAUAUUUGUAAUGUGGCCAAGGGGAUUGAAGUGAUGAUCUACUGCCUAGGAAAUUAGGCAAGAUGGUGAAGUGAAUGUCUUUUUUCAAUUUACAUAGAUGAUUAUUUUACUCUUUGUAAAAUAAUAUGUACGCAUGCUUAAAUAAUCAUUUAUGCUUAAGUAAUUCAAUUUAUUUUUAAAUUUAUUAAGUCAUUAAAAUUAAAUUUAUCAUCUCAUUAUGUUUAAAUUCGUGAGUGGUGAUUGGAUUGAUGAUAAAGUAGAAUCCUGGGUCGUGAGUGUAUAAUGUGUUUUGAUUGACUUCUGAUGAAUGGUAGAACUGUUUGGAUGGAAUCAAAUUUGCAUGUAUAAAUGUAAAUAAAAUGUUAGAGAAUGUGAGUUCCUGUCUGCACGUGUAAGAGGAUGUCUGCAUGCUGUGGCUUGUCUGGGUGAGUUGGUUUGCCUUCUCAUCAUGAUAUCAAUUUGAUAAUGCCUUGAACACAGUGUACAAUACACUUUUUAUCGAACAUACCUAAAUUAAGCCAAUUAAAAAAAAUGUGGGCCAUGAGGGACAGCUCUUCCCAAUUACCUUCUAGAAAAAGUGCAGCCUUAUUAUUUUAAGCUUGUAAUUGUUAACGGGAGGUGUCUCUUGUUAGUCAGAAAAUAAUUCAAAAUAUAGUCAGCUAUAUGGGAGAUUGGAACAAGGAAUGCAAAAAUACGGUUGAGUUUGUUUCAAGUUAAGAUGGCUCUUCCAUUGUAGGAUAGAUGCAGGGUAAGAUUGCUUAAGUACUAUAUAGCAGCAUACUGUUAAAUAGCUAAACAACAGUGCUUGCAUGAUGCUGGUGUCAAAUCGAUGGAAAAAAAAUAAAAUUCAUGGAGGAAACAGAAGGACAACACAGGUUAGAGCUGUUACUGGGAGAGCUGGCUACUGUCCAUUAAGAAGCUAUGAUUGAAUUGCCUGCCAUCAGACCGGAUAGUUAAUGUAUCUCAGAUGUCAAGUCGUGCUCCCUAGGUGGUGUCAUUCUCUAUGUUAAGUGGAUCCAUUAGACUGUUAACGGAUCCACUUAAAGACUAAUGUAAUGGGCUUGGCCCAUUAACUCAUGUACCUGUAGAUACGUAGGAAACCAAGAUAAUUGAUGUAAGACUUUGAGAUUGGGGGAAUUCUGCUCCAAGAAGUGGUGACUGAUUCAUCGUCCUAGAAGAGGAGGAUUGUGAAGAUCGAAUGCUUUCAUUCUCCAAGUUGCUAGAAUCUCAAUCAAGAUCAAUUCUCAACAUGGUAUCAGAGUUAUGUUGAUUCUGGUAGGAUCAGAUACUUCUUGUUUCUUGUUUCUUGAAUCUUGUUUUUCUUGUUUCUGUGUUGGAGCAACACCAAGGAAGAAAGAAACCUUCCGCAAGUAGUGAACUGAGGCAUUUUGAAAAGUAUGAAGGAAAAAGACUUUCAUAAUGCAUUUAGGAGAAGGCUCUUUGUCAUCCAUGAAACUCGUAUUAUGUCUAGCAACGACUGGAGAAUGGGAGAGACUAUAUCAUACUCUCCCAAAUAUCCCAGAGAAACUUAGAUUCAAUGAGAUAAAUCUUCAUCAAUGGGAGCAGUUUGUUAAUUUGACGUUUUUUGGAAGAGGCUUAAUAGAUCAGCUUAUAGAAGAACCAUUGAAGUAAUUAGAUCCAAAAUAUAGAGGAUGUAAAUCAGAAGAGGCUAUUAUCUAUACAUGACUGUUAAGAGCAAUGACAAUAGAGUUGUAUGAGAAUUUCCUAUUCAUGCACUUGGUGAAGAAAUUGUGGGAUCAAAUUCAAAAAACGUUGUUCAAAGAAACAUAACAAUUGGAGGAUUUAUGACCUAGUGUCUAAGGCAACACAUUUAGUGUAAGGAAGUAAAUCAAAUAUGGAAUAUCGUGUGAAUUAAAGGCUACAUGGAGGGAGAUUGACCAUUUUUGGCCAGUAAAGAAUCCUAGUUCUGAGGAGUGCAUGUAUACAUUGAAACGUAGGAUGUAUACAUUUCUAAUGAGACUGAACUCUGAUUAUGAAAGCCUCAAGGGUCAAAUUCACUGUGAAAAGGUACUUGAUCUGGAUGAAGUUAUCUAGAUUGUUAUGGAAGAGGAGAGUAGAUUGAGUCUAAUCAAUCUUGGGAAGAAUGAGUCAAAAGCCUUUGGCUCCAGCAAGUAAGAGCAGGGAAAUCAAUUAGAGAAAAAGGAGGGAAAUCAAAACCCAAUCACUGCAUCAGAAGGAAGAUACCAGAAGUGAGAUAACAAAGAAAACCUCUAGUGUUCAUAUUGCAAGAAGAAGUGUCAUACAAGAGAAAAUUAUUGGAAGUUACAUGGACGACCACCUCAAUAGGGGAGAGUAUGUGGCUACUUCUCAAUUCGCAGAGACUAUGGUCAAUCUGCGAUAAAAGAACCUCCCAAUCCUAGUAAUCAUCAAAAGGGCGAUGAAUUUGAAAGACUGAGGGAGGAAGUAGAGAAACUCAAGACUAUGCUGAUCUCUACGUCCUUGGUUUAGUCAAGUGAAAAUAAUUUGUUCUCAAAAUCAUAUGCAUUCAACAGUUUUUCUAAAUUGUCCUAGAUACUUACUAUGGCGCCACAGACCAUAUGACCUCAAAUAUGUGCAAAUUUGUUGAUUAUAUGAAAUGAGAUGCGCAGAGGAAAGUUAUUACUACUGGUGGUGAGAUUCUACGAGUUGAAGGGAUUGAGAACUUGAAAAUAAAUCAUUUAGGCACUUUAAAAAAUGUUUUACAUAUGCCUAAACUAAAGGCUCAUUUGAUUUCACCACAGAAACUUGUUAAAGAUAUUAAUAGUCGUUUCAUUCUUGAGGAUGAUGGAUGUUGUGUGACAAGGUUUCAGGACUGAAGAUUGGACAUGUUAAGGAAGGAGGAGGCUUGCUCUACUAGGAAGAGGAUGAUCAUGCAACGAUGUCUAUAUAGCAUUCACCUUGGAGUGGAGUCAGUGAACACAAAAAGAAUAGUAUACUGUUACAACAUUGUCAUGUUGGACAUCCUUUGAUCUCCUAAAAAUAUGGUUUCUUUCUAUGUUUGAAGGUGUUGAUGUAAAAACUCUAGUGUGUGAUGCUUGCCAAUUGGCCAAACACAAAUGCUCUUCAUUUGGAAAUGCUGGUGAACAUAGUACAAUCCUUUCAUGUCAUAUACACAGUGAUAUUUGGCGGCUAGUGCCUAUGACUAGCUUGUUUGGAUGCAGGUCAUUUAUCUUAUUUGUUGGUGACUGUACUAGGUUUACUUGAGUUUGCCUUCUAAAAUCAAAAUCAGACGCCACCCAAGUAGUGAAAUCUUUUUGUGAAGUGAUCAAUUCGGAACUGUCAUCAAGAGGUUUAGAUCAGAUAAUGCUAGAGACUAUUUCAAUUCGGCUGUGUCCUCUUACUUGGAUCAAAAGGGAUGAUUCAUGAGUCAUCUUGUGUCAAUACACCUUAAAAAAAUGGGGUGGCUGAGAGAAAAAUCAGGCACCUACUAGAUACAACUAGAGCUCUUUUGUUUCAACAAAACGUUCUGAGGCAAUAUUGGGGUGAAGCUGUCCUCACUAGCAUCUUAUUAAUAGGAUCCCUGAGAAAACACUAGAAUAUCAAAGUCCUAUAGAACUGUUGAGUAAAUUCUAUUCAUGUGAAACUAAAGACUCAUCUUCAUCCAAGGGUAUUUGGAUGUAUUGUUUAUGUUCAUGCUCAAGGCAUAAUGGGAAUACUUGAUCCAUGAUCUAUAAAGUACAUAUUUUUUGGGUACUCAACUACACAAAAGGGUUAUAAGUGCUAUAAUCCUACUUCAAAAAAAUUCUUCAUCUCAACUAGUGUGACCUUUAACAAGUUGGAACCAUAUUAUGGGGUGAAAAAUCCACAAAAGUUAGAGACCUCGAUUCCUGCCACUGAGUUACAAGACAUAAAUGAAUUCGUGAUUUAGGAGAUACCCAUUCUUAGAAUCAAAGAAAUACAAGUGUAUAGGAGACGACCUAGAGUGGAGCCACAAAAUAUACCAACUAAGAUGAAUGAUUUACCUGCACUCCAGAGGGAACCAGCAGAAGAAACUAGUCCAAGUAAAAGAGACACAUCUCAAAUUUAUAAUACCGAUCAAGAAGAGGAUCAUCAGUCCACUAAAGCCAUUGAUGAAGAGCAACUAUAUUGGCCCAUUGCUCUACACAAAAGAAAGAGAAGUUGUAUAAAUAAACCACUAUCUUAUGGUCAACUACCUAUCGUAUGAUAGGUUAACACCAUCGUACAAGGCUUUUCUCAUGAACCUGAAGACAAUUAUUAUCCCCAAGACAAUAGAAGAAGCCCUGUCACACAAAGAAUGGAGUCAUGCCAUGGAUGUAGAGAUUGAUGCACUAGAGAAGAACUGUACAUGGGACUUAGUCCCUUUGCCUUCAGAGAAAAGGUAGUUGGCUGCAAGUGGGUAUAUAUAUACUCCUAGGUAUAAAGCUGAUGGAAUGUUGGAAGAUACAAGGCAAAGUUGGUGGCUAAAGGUUAUUCACAAUCUUAUGGAAUUGAUUAUUUUGAGACAUUUGCUCAUGUUGCAAAGUUGAAUACCAUCUGGAUACUUAUAGCAUUGGCAGUAAAGCUAGGAUGAGAAAUGCAUCAGUUUGAUGUGAAGAAUGCAUUUCUUCAUGGAAAUUUGGAGGAAGAAGUAUAUAUGAAUGUACCUCCAAGUUACACAUUUACUAAUCAAAAGAAUUUUGUUUGUAGGUUGAAGAAAUCUCUAAAUGGCUUAAAACAAUCACCUCAAGCCUGGUUUGAGAGAUUCACUCAAGUUAUGAAAAUAUUUGGGUACAUAGAAAGCAAUGGGGAUCAAACUUUCUUUAUUAAGCAUGGUGAACCAAACAAGGUUACAACCUUAGUUGUGUAUGUAGAUGAUAUCAUCAUAACAGGAGAUGAUACUGAGGAGUUUAAAUGCCUUGGCCAAAAUCUAUCUAGGAAAUUUGAUAUCAAAUCCCUAGGAAGAUUAAAAGAUUUCUUGGGAAUUGAGGUUGCAUAUUUAAAAGAAGGUAUAUUUCUUUCACAACACAAAUAUAUUCUUGAUUUACUUCAAGAGACUGGAAAAUUAGAGUGUAAACCUGCUGACACUCCAAUUGAUCCCGACCUAAGUUCGGGAGAAAGUAAAGACUCUGAUCAGGUAGACAAAAGCUCAUAUCAACAUUUGCAGUGAAUGUACUCAGUCAGCAUAUGAAUGAUCCAAGGGAGAUACACCUACAGGCAGCAUAUUGGGUGUUGACAUAUUUAAAGACAACAACAUGACAAUGCAUUCUAUUCAGAAAAGGAGGGAAUCAAUCUGUUGAAAUCUACACUGAUGCUGAUUAUACAGGGUCUGUUAUAGAUCACAGAUCAACAUCGGGUUAUUGUACAUUUGUUUGUGGAAAUCUUGUGACCUGGAGAAGCACAAAACAACAAGUAGUUGCACAAUCUAGUGCUGAAGCAAAAUUCAGGGAUUGGCCCAAGGGAUAUGUGAAGGCCUAUAGAUUUGAGGUUUGCUGGACAGAUUGAGAGUUAACCAAUCAAAUCAUAUGAAAUUGUUUUGUGACAACAAGUCAGCAAUAGCUAUUGCUCGAAAUCCUGUACAACAUGACAUGACUAAACAUAUUGAAGUGGAUUAACAUUUUAUCAAAGAAAAAGAAGAAACAGGAGAUGUAGAUCUGAUAUAUGUUGGGACAUCAGAACAGGUUGCUGACAUAGUCAAAAAGGGACUAAGAAGACCAAUAUUUCAAAGGAUGGUGUCCAAGUUGGGCAUGGAAAACAUCCAUACCCAACUUCAGAGGGGGUGUUUUUCCUUUCUAUCUGUUUCUUUUCACUGUAUUUUCGUCCUUCUAUGUCAUUCCUUAUGUUAAGUGGAUCCAUUAGACUGUUAACGGAUCCACUUAAAGACUAAUGUAAUGGGCCUGUCCCAUUAUCUCAUGUAACCUGUAGUUAAGCGGGAAACCAAGAUAAUUGAUGUGAGAUUUUGGGAUUGUGGAAACUCUGCUCCAAGAAGUGGUGACUGAUUCAUCUUCCUGGAAGAGGAGGAUUGUGAAGAUCAACUCCUUUCAGUCUCCAAGUUGCAAGAAUCUUAAUCAAGAUCAAUUCUCAACAGUUUUCAUAGAGCAAAAUCUAAUCAGGAGCCGUCACUUAAUAUCGUGAGAUCCUAUCAUACAUUCUAUGCAAACUGUCAUUGCUCUAUUUGUAACACCGGGCAGCAGCUUAAUUUUCUUCUUUGUGAUGCUGUGUGGAUUAUUUUCAGCCUCCUCUGCUGUAAUCGUUUUUACGUUUCUGUUUACCCUUAUUAUCUUUAAGCCUCUUGAUCCCAUGAGAUGGGCUGGGGAUUAUCAACGAUUCCUGGUUUCUCUUCUCUCUUGUCUUGCUUCUUGGCAUUAACAACAUGAUCAAGAUGUCUCAAGAUUUACAUGAUCUUAUCAAGGAGAAUGGUGUAAAACUAUUUCUGUAGGAUAUGAUUGUCUCCUCUGGGAACAAGUCGUUUUUAGAUAUAUAUUUGUUGUUUAUAGUUGUCUAUCUAAAUUCCUGGGAGGGUUCGGCCAUGUUUAAAUUCUGCAACUUACAAAGAAUCAUUAUUUUUUUUCCUCAGCCAGUUAUUGGCAAGAGACUGAGCCAUCACAAAACAUCAUGUUUCUUCUGAAUGUUCAUUUGCAUGUUAAGAUUUGAUAAAUUGGGUGACAGAGUGAUCUAUUUAGUAGUUGAGUUCUAAAUUGUUAGAUAAACCUAGAAGCGUCAUCAUGCAUAUUCAUAUCAUACUUGUUGUUUUCUUCAUAUAUCGUUAUGUAUUUCAACCUUGAUAGUUUUUCAUGGGUCUACUUGAUUUCUCCAAGUCAUCUAAAUUAUGUAGGUUGGUGCUGGUAUUCUCGCUAUCCCUGCUGUUACACAGGAAGCUGGAUUUCUCGCAUCAGCCAUUACAUGUAUUUUUUGCUGGAUAUACAUGGUAAAACUCUUGUAUCUGUACCCAGCUUUAAUUUCUGCCUUAUAUAAUAAAGCUUGCCAUGAAGGAUUAGACCUUUGUUAGCUUGUUAUGAUUGCAUAACGUUGACCAUGUCUGUCUGAGAAUUUCACUAGUUAAUCUCUGCAAUGAUAAGUGAAGAAGAUACUCUAUGGGUGUACUCAGAACAACUAACGAAUGCAGGUUCUCACAGGAUUGCUGAUUGCAGAAGUCAAUGUAAAUACCAUGUGUGAACUUGGCUCUGGUGGUGUCUCCCUGGUGAGUAACUGUUGUCGAGAUGUACUUAAUAACAUGUAUACCUUACAAGUUUACAUAUAUGUCCUCAUGUACCUUUCAUUUCGUGUUACAUCAGUGUGUCUAGAACCUUCUAGGAAUCUGGUAUAAAUACUAGAUCCCGCUCUCCUUGUAAACAGUUUUUGAUCAAUAAAGUUAGAGUUCUUCUUUCACGAGUGCUGGGAGCCUAUCAGAGCUCCAGACCGUGUGUUAUCUCGACAACGGUAACCUAUCUUUUUCAUAUAUGAAGUACAAACAGCAGGUUUUGAACUUCCCACCAUUAUGAUGCUUGAUAGGAAUAACAACAAAUGGCUAAUAUGAAGCAAAAUUUCCCUUAAGAAAGUUGUAGGACUUAAUUGUUUGCCUGACUGAUGGAAGGUUUCAUAGAGCUUAGUUCUGUAAUAUAGUGUGGAAGAUGCAGAGGGAUAUAUAUCAUGUCCUGAGUGAUUUGUCUCACAUAUCGAUAGGACACCCUCACUUAGGCUUGGAGCUUGGAGGGGGCUGGCAUGUUGAUGGUAUUAGUUUGUCCUUUCCCCUCUUGUCUGGGAUGUGCCCUGUUGCGGCCUCACUGAUUGGUGAAGGAAGGAGAUUCAAAAGGCAUCCUCCAAAGUGGCUUGUAUUUCUUCCAUGUCAUGUACACCCUAAAUCCUUGGAUCAACAAAAGCAGAGACAAUAAUCUGUCGUUUCGAGCUAACUUUGAAUCUUCUUUUUCGUUACUGAGAUAUUAAGCAUUGCCUCAAAUGUACAAAUAUCAACAUAGAUUGUCACUAAAGAAUAUUGUUUCGGCUUGAUCUUUGAUGUUUCAGUGCAUAUAUCAGUUUCCAGGGGGACAGCCUAUGGAAAACUGAUGGUCAAUAAUUGAUAUAUCUUAAUGAGUAACUCAAGAAUGCUCUCUUCAUGCUCCCCAAACCUCAUAUUAGAAUGAUGUCGUUUGAGUGAAAAUCUUCUCAAAUUUUGAAUGGUUGAUGUCCUGCAAUCCAUAUGCUUCCUUGAGGGCGACAUCAUGAGUCACCUGUCAGAAUAUCUGUUGAUCUGAAUUAUGUAUAUUUUUUAACAUUUUGCAUGAUAAAGCAUGAAAACAAUGUUAGAUCAGAAGCACAGUGCUAAUGACAGGAUAAUAAGAGCUGUGAAAGGACAAUGUUUGUAUCAUGGUUGGAAUAAAAAAAAUGUUCACACUCAUAGCAGGCAUCUGUUUGACCCUCUCCUUGCUUCUCUGAAACGCAUUAUGGUUGCAAGAGAAGAUGAGUAUUUCUGUAUGUUCUUAUGAAGAAAAUAUUCAACCCAAGGGAACCAACAAUAAACAGCAUCCUUGUUGUUCUCAAUCAUAGUUUUGAUGCUGGCCUUGACCCCAUUGGUAUCCUUUUACUUGUUUGAUUUAAAAUGAGAAUUUAUGGGAUUUUCCAUAGGUCAGACUAGCAACACUAUAUUAUUAUUCUUUCUAUAAUUGUUAUAAUACUGUCCUAAUUAUGAUUUUAUUAUAAGGCAUAGUUCCAUGCAUGCCUAGUAAACACUAUUUGGCGCCAAGGAAAGGAGGGGCGCUGAAAAACCAUGGUCGUUCUAACAAAUACUUACAUAUCCUUGAUGGAUUCACCAGCUAAUGAAAUUCUUAGCAAACCUUCAUUUGAAUUUCACGAAAUCUUCACAAGCCUUGUCUGGGAAGUGAUGAACGAAAUCUAUUGACAGGCAUUUGCGCAAUUACUAUAUAUUGAUAGGGGAAUUGACCUUUGGCCUUGGGAUUUUCCAGGUAUCCAUGGCUAUGAGAACUUUGGGAAAGGUUGGAGUUCAGGUUGCAUGGUAUGUUGGUAAAAAUAUUUCUUUGCCAAGGUCUUAGUGUGAUGGUCCUUUAUUGGUGCCAUGUUUUCAUAUCCUUCUUGCUCUUAUUUCUUGGUUUGCUUGGUCAUUUACCAUCGGAUUAUGUAGAUUUGAAUGUUGCUGGGCACAAAUGUGGCCGUAUUUGGCAUAAGCACAUUGUUUUUUAACAUAAUCAUUCAGGUUAUGCAAAUUAAAAUAAGUUCAAGGAUCCAUUAAUCUUGAUUGCUUUUGGUCUAAAAUGAAGUCUAUAGUGAUUUCAAUGUUUUCUCCUGUGAAAUUAUAUCAUAUGUUUAGUUUCAUUUUGAUAAACUAUAGCUUUGUUAUAUCAGAAACAUUGAAAAAAGUUGCUAACAAUGUUCAAAAUACAGUUUAAACAUUUAACUGAAUAAAUAUGAAUCUUCUGAACUGUUGCUAGAAGUUAAAGUAGACAGUUGUAUAAAGUUCAGUUAAACGUCCAGUUUUGCUCAUCUGGUCAGUAUUAUUACAUGUUUGAUGAAGAUCUGGAAGUUUUAAGAAAUGAAGAGAAAAUUUAUGAUUAUAUCCAUCUGCGAAGAAUGAAGAUGCUGUCACUUCUAAUUCUCUCCAUAUUUUUGGUGUAGACAUUUCCUUUUUUUUAUUUAUUUAUUUGUGCUUUGGUUUCGAACCUGUGCUACUUAUUUUCUAAGUAAAAAGCUUUUAAUGUAUCCUAUUCUAGUACUGAUUAUGGUUGUUUUAUGAUAUUUUCAUUUAAAAAAUUAAUGUCAAAUUAUUUAAGUUAAAAUUCCUUAAAUUUAAACAGAUAUGGGAAAAGAAUAAUUAUCAAAUCUCUUCGCUUUCACAUAAACGUUACUAUGAGAUUGUUGAAAUGCAUUUCAUAUACGUAGUAAUAUUUAUAUUAAAUCUUUUCGUGCAAUAUCUAAGUUAUGCAAAGCUAGAGAUAGUCUUUGAAGGGUUUUUUUUUUCAUUCUGACGUAUUUAAAAUAAUUUUUCAAUAUUACAAACUUUAUGAGAAAUUUCAAUUAUCCUGCAUUUUAUCCAUUAUAUGCUGGCCUGCCUGGCACCCAUAUGGGAGCCCAUUGUUUGCUUUCUUAGUGGCUGGCCUUAGAGUAAAAGCUAGUGAUUCCGACUCCUAGGUUUGAAAUUGCACUCGUAAAGAUUGCAAAUUUUCUUGAAAAAUCGCAGUUGGUAAGUACAAUUUAUAACAGUGAAAUCACAGUGGGAGAAUGCUGAUCUCCUUAGAGUUCAUAACUUGUCCAUGGGCUGAUGGCCAUUUUGGGUUUAGAAUACUUUUCGUCUCGAUUCGAAAGUAACUUUGUAGCUGAAAGCUAAAAAUAGUUCAAAUACAAAAUGCCAAUGCAUAUUGUAAACUCUUUGGUAUUAAUGAAGAUUCAGAUUUUCCAAUGAUCUAAUGUUAAGUUAUUAUAUUUAAGUAUUGCAAUAUAAGAUAAAGUCGAUUAAAUCCACAUGAAUAUAAAUAUAGGACAGCUAAAAUUUCUAAUUGGAAGCUAAGUUGAGAAAAAUAAUUUGUUAAAGAGGAUUUUAACUUUUGACAUAUGCUUUGGGAUUGAAGAUAAAAUUCAUUGAGCUGUAGGUAAAGUUACUAAUUCUAGCAGAAACUGGACUAUCAGUACGAUUUUCAGUUAGUGUGGUAGUUUUCAAUACCACUGCCUACGACACUAAAAGUGGCAGCCAUCAAUUUUAAUUAUUCCAGCACAUCACUUAUCCCAAGGUAACUGAUGUCUGGCGUGAUUACAUGGAAGUCACGUUGCCUCACUUGUUAUUUUGAGAUUUGUGUUUCAUAUGUAAAUCAGAAAUCAAUUGCAACCUAGCCAACAUAAUUUUGAAUCAAUUAGUUUGACAAUUAAUUGAUGAUUGCACUACGUAUUGAUUUACACUCUCAUUUACUGAUGGGAUAUUUCUUAAUAUAUCUUGGCGAUGAGUCCUAUGAGUAUAAUAAUUUCAUUUUUUAUUUUGUAUUGAUGAGUAUUUAUCCUUACAAACUUUCUGCAUAACCUUCAAUCUAAUGGAAGAGUGACCUGCCAUAAAUAUAGUUCAUUUUUGCUAACAUAAAUGUUUUGUUGCAGUGGGUCUUACAUCUUUAUACACUAUGCUCUUCUAGUUGCCUAUGUGGCGCGCACUUCAGAUAUUUUGACGAACAUCCUUGGUAUCCCAUUGUAUGAACUAUGACCUCCUCUCCAUCUAGUGUAUAAAUAAAUGAAUCAGUGCAGUUUUUCCCUCAUUUAAUUAUUUGCUGGUUUUAGUUCUGAAGAAUGUGUUUGAUGACAUUAAAUUUGAGGAUAAAAUUUAUGAUUAUGAUGUUCUUGUUAUGCUUUUUUUUUAACGUAGUCAUGAAAAGUGUCAUUCAUAACACAUUAACCAUGCUUGUGGAAUUGAAUGUUAUUUUCACAUUCUUAAGAUUUGUAGGAAAGUUGCACUAUUCUUGUUGGUAAUAAUUUAUUUUCAAGGUGGUAUAUUGGUAAGAACCUGAUCCAGAAAAGAAUAUAAUUUCUUUUGAGAGGAAUGGGAACAGGGGUUGGGGGUAGAGAUGUGGAAACCAAACCGGUUCUGCCACGACAGACAGAAGAUCUCUGGAGACUUUGGGACCAAAUGUUUCUUUAUGCCUCCUUUACAAUUGAGCUCCCUUAUGUAUAACUCUCAGCCUUCCUCUUUGCACGUGGACACCUGCUAACAUCCAUAUGCAUCGGUUGGAUCGGAAGAAGUUGGAAGCUUCUUCUGUCUUGAGUAUGUCUUGAUGGGACGCUUAUCAAUACUCUCCAUGGCUUUCACCUUGUCCUCAAGGUAAAAUGUCGGGAACUCUACAAUUGAAUAGAUACAAGUUCCCAUGAGGCUUCAAAGUUUGGUAAAUUUCACCACUGAUGAGAACUUGCAAGCUUUCUGGAGUAUCUCUCACUACUAGUACAUCUACUAGGUCGAGCAUCCACUCAAUCUCGUUAGUCAAGGUAGGAGGUAGAGGUUGACUAUGAUGAGGAAGUCCCAAUACCUUGCGAAGGUUAGACACAUGAAAUAGAGGGUGGAGGGACAAGUAGGGUGGAAGAUCAAGCUUAUAGGCCAUUGGUCCAAUUCUUUCUAGGACAUGAUAAGGCCCAAAAUAUCUUGGGCUAAGCUUUUCGUUUGCUUUCUUAGCAAGCGAUUGCAUCCUGUAAGGCCUGAGUUUCAGAUAGACAUAGUCAUUAACAUCAAAUUGAAUGUCCAUUUGAUGUUUAACUGCUUAGAUCUUCAUUUGGACUUAAGCCUGCUUGAGAUGUCUAAAGUAGGUCGAGAGUUUGAUUUCUUUCGAUGAAAAGUUGAUCCACCGCAUCAAUGGGAGAAGCCGGUGAUCCAUAACAGAUAAGUGUGGGUGGAUCUCAGCCAUAUACUACCUUGAAUGGUGCCAUCUUUAUAGAUGUGUGGUAGGAAAUAUUAUAGCUGUGCUCAACCCAGUGUAACCAUGCUGAGCUGUUUAGGCUUGUCAAUUGCAAAACACUUUUUAGUAAUUCUCCAAGCACCUAUUAACAACUUUAGUCUGACCAUCAAUUUGAGGAUGGUACAAUGAACUUAUCCUCAAUUUAAUCUCCUGGAGAGUAUAUAAUUCUCACCAAAAUAUGCUCAUAAAAUCAAUGCCAUGGUAAGAGAUUAUAGUCUUUGGAAAACUGUGUAAUUUUUUAUUCUCCCUAGCAAAAAACUUAUAGCAUCUUUGGCCAAGAAAGGGUGCUUUAGGGCAAGAAAAUUACCAUAUUUACUAAGUCGAUCAGUAAACAUGAGAAUAGAGUCGUUCCUUACUAAUUUUGGCAAUCCUUCGAUGAAGUCCAUUGAGAGGUCCUCUCAUAUUUGAUUUGGAAUGAGCAGUGGCUGUAAGAAUCUUGUUGGUGCUAGUGAGGAUGAUUUGUUCUAUUGGUAGAUGGAGCAGCUGUUCACAUGCUGCUUGAUUUGCUUCAUUGCUGGGCAGUAAAGGGGCUGAGCAAUUCAUUUGUAAGUCUUUAGGUGACUGGAGUGUCUGCGUACUAUAUUGUCAUAGUAUUCCUUCAAAAAGAUCUGAAUGAGUGAUGAGGAAGGGGGCAAUACUAGUAUCUCUUUGUAAAGAAGCAAUCCUUGGCGUAUUGAAUAAUUUGGAAAUAAUCUCAAGUUGUUGAGUAAGGCCUAUUUGAUGGUAUGGAAUCUGGUAUCCCUCUCCACUUCCUGAUUGAUGGUGGCACUGUCAAGGAAAUGAGAAGUAAAUACCGAAUUUAGCCUUGAGUGUGGAAGGAGGAGAUAUUGACAGAGCAUCAGCGACCUAGUUUCUUUUUCCUUGUAUUUAAUUUCGAAGUUGAAGCCCAUUAACUUUGUCAGUCAUUUGUGAUAUUCAUGAUGAACUUCCCUCUGAUCAAAUUAGAAUUUCAGGCUAUAUGAUAAAGUGCUGAAACAUCAAGUGAUUUUUCAAUAUGUGCACUGCCAUUACAAUGGCAAUUAGUUGUCUCUCAAAUGCCAAUUUUGAUCUCGAUUUCAUUGGUAAUGCCUGAUAGAAGUAAUGGGUCUGUCAUGCUGCAUGAGCACUGCCCUAACUCUUAAACUAGAGGCAUUUGUCUCAACUUUGAAGGAUUAAGAGAAAUCAGGUAAAGCCAACACAAUCACUGAAGACAGCCAUUUUGAGCUGCUCAAAUGCUUGCUAUGCUUGGUUAAACAAUGAAAAUCAUCCUUUUUUAGGAGUUGAUUAAAGGGCAAGGUGAUGGAUGCAUACCUAGCUACAAACACACGGUAGUAUCCAGUCAGCCCAUGGAACCCUCUUAAUUCACAGGGGUUCUAGGCACAUGCCAAUUGAAGAUGGCUGAGAUCUUCCCUCUAUCUGUAGAUACACCUUCUGAAGACAUCUAGUGCCCAUGUACUCUAGCUGUUUUUGGCCAAAUUGACAUUUUUUGGUAUUAAUAUGCAGAGAAUUUUGAGACAACAUAUGGACAACCUAUUGUAUGUGCUGCUCGUGAUCAUCCUUAGUUUUGCUGUAGACAAGAAUGUCGUCAAAAAACACUUGGACAAAUUGACGCAAGUAAGGGUGGAAAAUAUGAUUCAUUUGAAAUGUAGUUGGUGUGUUGGAUAAUCCGAAAGGCAUCACCUUAGAUUCAUAAUGACCAUGAUGAGUUUUAAAAGCCAUCUUCAAUAUGUCAUUUUCCUUCAUACGUAUCUAAUAGUAUCCUGAGUUUAAUUCAAGUUUAGAGAAUGUAGACAUACUGUAUAACUCGUCCAAUAAUUCGUCAACCAUCGGGAUUGGAAAUCGGUUGGGCACUAUCACUUUGUUUAAGGCUCAGUAGUCAAUACAGAAAAGCCAGCUUCCAUCUUUUUUUUGACUAAUAAAGCUUGGCUUGCGUAGGGGCUACUAGUAUGACAAAUUACCCCUGUUGAUAAAAAUUCUUGAACAAGUCUUUUGAUCUCAUUUUUUUAGAAGAAAGAGUACCUAUAUGGCCUGAGGUUGAUUGGUUGAGUGCCUAAAAUGAGGUUGAUCAAGUGAUUGAUCAUGUAUUGAGGGGUUAAUUUGUAAUUCGGUGUGAACACCUCGGGAAACUCAUGCCUUGAGAACCCGUAUCUACUCUAUUACAGCAAUUUCUGAUGUUUCGCCUGAUGACAAGGUGAAAGCCAUGGGAGUAUUGAUAAGCUUCCCAUCAAGACAUUCUCAAGAAGGAAGAAGCUUCCAGCUUCUAUGGGUCCAACCGCCGCACAUGGAAGUUAAUAAGCAUCCACACGUGAAGGAGAGGGCUGAGGUUUAUAAAUAAGGAGACUCAGUUGUAUAGGGGGGCGUAGAAAAGAUAAUUGGUCCUAGAAGUUCCUGGAGGUUCUCUACCUGUUUGUUGUAGAACCAAUUCGGUCUCCACAACUCAACCCUUCUUUCCCUAAACCCUGUUUCCUGUUUCCCGUUUCCCUUGAAAGAAUCCUAUUCUUUUCUGGAUCAAGAUUCUUACCAUUAUAUUUAUACUUGACUGUCUAAUGCUGCAGUUUUACAUGCGUGACUGACUCUAUUAAAAACGAGGCAGUAUACAAGCCCAUAAAACCUCAUGCUUAAAAAUAUCACAUGAGAGCUGAAAAAUGAGUUUACUGAGGGCAUUUAUUGAAUUUUUGUGGGAAAAUGUUGUUAAUAUCUGUGAACUUUGGAGUUUAAAUUUUAAAUAGUGUCACAUUGACGUUUAUUUCCUGCAAGAUUAAUCAAAAAUCUGCACUCAGUUAUUUUUUGUCUAUCGAGAAUAAAUUGGUAGCAUCCUGGCAAAUAUUCCUGAAAUUUCCCUGUAGAGAUCCGUCUUAAUCACAAUGUUUAUUUUUGACUGUUGAUAUGAUUUGCUUACAGAUGGGAAGGCGCCACCUUAUUUUCCUUGGUGUUUGGAAGCAUAUGCUACUUUGGAAGGUACUUUCUAUUUUCUUCAGUGGACAAAGUGCUUUAACCAAAAUGAAAGUACGGUUCAAUAUUGAAAUAUUGAACGCCAUUAUUUAAUGAAUUGAAGAUGAAUCUGGUAAAAACUCAGAUUCAUGAUUUGAGUUUGAAAGAGGCGAUUCUAUCCCAGAUGCAGAAAACACAUCUAUUCAAACGAAUAAGUUGAUUUUCUCCGGCUCGAGAGGUUGAAUGCAGAAAAAAAAAAAUCUGUGUUGUGUAAGGUUCACAUUUUAUGAAGCACAGAAAAGGGAAAGAGGUCUAUUUUACUUAUAUGUUACAUCAUUACAUUGAUUUUCUAGUACUAGUAUCAUUUGGGCUCCUGAGAUUAAGAAAUACUAAUGAUGUGGGAUUAAUUUUGCAUUUUCUCGGUUUGUUGCAUCCAGGUGAAGUUUUUAAAUUCUUAAUUAGAAAAGGAAGAACACUCAUUACGAGAUUUUGUCUUUGUAUAGCCAGAGAUUUAUUGGCGCGGCAAAUGGGCUUCUGAUAUUUGGUAUCAUAGCUUCUUUCACUGUUCUUGUGGUAAGAUUUCAUAACAUAUCUGUCGUACUGUCUUUCUUGCCGUGAUUGAGUUCUUGAGAUAUUAAUAAACUUAGAAGAAGAGAACUACCUUGCCUUUCACGCCAUAGUGCAGUUCAUUUUCAGUUUUUUACGUCACUUAUUGCGAACAGAAUAUCACUGGAUAGGAUAGUUUCAUUUUCCAUUCAAUUGGUCACUUGUAAUCUGGUGAGUACAUGUUUUCUAGGAAUAUGGUUACCCAGCUGAGUUUUGGGCCAGUGCUUGCAGCGUCUGUGAAGCCAUGAUCGUUGCACGAAAUUUGGGGCAUUGCAAUCAGGAAUUUUCCAAAGUUGAGAGUAACUCAAUUUCGUAGAUAUUCUUAAAAUGUGUUCUGAUAAUUUUCUAAAAACCUCAUUUUUGUCACUAUUAGGUAGAAUAAAGAAAUGAUGUCCAAUAAUUCAUUGGUUUUCUUCCAGCUUAUCCGUUCCGUGUCCUACAUUCCUAAUAUUACCUAUCGUUGAUUGUUUUUUGAUCUUUUUGAAUGGAUUUUCAGUUUUUUUAAUGUGCGUGAUAUUCUUCCCCUUAAAUAUAAAAACAGCUUAUCCGUUCCAUUUUGGUUCAUUCGUAAUAUUAACUAUCUUCAAGUGCUCCGAUCCUUAUGACUUGCUUUAUUAAAUUGAUUUACUCGUGUUCGGUGGAUUUAUUAUUUUGAACUGUUUGAUUGGAAUAUCGCCUACCUGCUGGGUUAAUGAUAGAGAAUUGAAUGGAAUCCUUUUAAGGGCGCAGCUGGUGGGGAUUUGAAAUUGGAUUCCCUUCUCCAAACAAACUUUGCAGCAGUUCCACAUAGUAUACCCAUAAUUUCCCUAUCAUUUGUUUACCAGGUAUUCCCUAUCUGUGAUCUUAUUAUUUUAUUAUCUUUGGGCAACAAUGGUCGCUCACUUUAUUUUCAGAAUGUAGUGCCAGUUCUCUGCACAAAUCUUGAGGGGAACCUGUCGAAAGUAAGGUAUGCACAUGCUAUACUUUGAUCCUAAGACCUGUGAUCCCUGUUCGAUGAUUGAUCUUCUGGUUUAAGAAAAUCGGAAAUAGUGCUUCUUGUCCAGAAUUCUUCUGAUUACUACUUCCAUGCAUAAUUUCUAUUUGAUAGUGUCACCAGGGGUGUCUCUGGUAUGGUUGGUUGCUAUCAUUCAUGAACAUAGGGUCUCAUUAAAUUGCUCAUCCGACCAGUAUACUGUUUCACACAAAGAAUAAUGUAGAUAAGAGUUUGUGUUCAUUGGAUAAUGAGAGUUCAUCUUCUCCUCGGCAUGUGAUCUUGUGAUCGAUGUGGUUCCCUAUCAUUGUUUCAUUCUCUUUUAUUUUACUUGUCUGACGCAGUUCUUUUUACGUGGAGCUUUCAGGACUUCCAUCAUUUUUGGAACUGCGAUUCCGCUUGUGUUGUUCCUUAUUUGGGAUGCCGUGAUACUCGGAAGCAUUCCCAAUAUUGGAGCCAAUGGUGAUAAAAUCGCAGAUCCCUUAGAGUAUCUGCGGUCCAACAGCGGAAUGGUUGGAGUAAGUAUGAUUUUCCAUAUAACGUAAAGCAGCAUCUGGUUUCUCUCCUCUUUGGAAUGGGAUGAAUGCGAAUGGCAGCUGUCUGUUCCUUCAGAAUCCUCGUCAUUAUGUUAACUAUGUUACUAUUAAUGACAGCCUAUUAUUGAAGUUUUCUCACUUCUGGCCAUUGCCACCUCAUACAUUGGGUUUAUUCUGGGCCUCGCAGACUUCCUUUCUGACUGUAAGUGGAAGAUGCAACCAUCCGUUGAUGCCCUAGAUUUGUAGUAAACAAUCCUCUGUUUUGACUCACUGCCUGUGUGGGUGGACGGACCCUGUUUUUGAUCAGUGCUGAAGCUUCCCAGUGGGCAGAGCAAGCCUCUGCCAUACCUGCUCACGCUGGUUCCUCCCCUGAUCUUAUCACUACUGGAUCCUGAGAUAUUUUUCAAGGCUCUGGAUUUUGCAGGGACUUAUGGAGGUAAAGUGAAGCAAAGUGAUUCUUCUUCUUAAUCUGAUUGUGUCAUGUUUUGGUAAUCAUCCCCAGAUUUGAUGCGAUUUUCUUCUAUUUGCUCCAGUUCUUGUGCUUUUUGGAGUUGUUCCAGCUGCCAUGUCGUGGUCCGAGAGGUACUCAGAUCCAGCUAAAUCCCCUGCACUCCCUCCCAUCGUGCCUGGCGGAAGAUACACCCUCUUCUUUGUGAUGGCUGGUGCCGGAUGCGUUAUCCUCUCCCAGAUUCUCGACAAUUUUACCCACUGA